GUGACGCUCCGCGCAUCGUAUUUCCCAAACCUAAUCCCUUCUUGAAAAGUGUACAAGUGUUUUCUUUUUUUAGGUUUUAGUAGUGAUUUAGUGCAAUACCUAUGUGGUGCAGUUAUAAAAGAAAUAUUACGGACUGUUCAUCUACAAGUAGCAGGCCCAAUGAUACUAUUCCCAAUCUACACGUCCUGACACUUCAAGAGUCAUCCUAGCAGCCAGAAGAACAUAAAAUGACAUCCGAGGAAAAUAACGAAACUCCCAAGGAACCAUGCUGGAAUGCUUUGGAAUUAACUUGUGAGGACUACUGGACUUGGGAUAAAGAUGAUCACAGUCAUGAGGUAAUUUUAACUGGAAAAAAUAGCCGAGUCGCUCGGUUUCAUCCAAAUUGGAGUAGCAGUACUGCCGGGGCCCGAGGCACCCGCAUCUUAAAUGGUGGAAGGUACUAUUGGGAAUUGCAGUUAUCUAGAAGAAUAUUUGGAACAAGCAUGAUGUUUGGUAUCGGCACCAGAAAAGCGUCCCUACAUGGGGACACUUUUGUAAAUCUUCUUGGUAUAGAUAAUCAUAGCUGGGGGCUUUCCCAUAAAGGGCUUAUCUGGCAUAAUGGAAAUUGGUCCUACUAUACCAAACCAUUUAGGGAAAAUGUCACUACAAGAAUUGGUGUUCUAUUUGAUGGAAUAACCGGCACCCUUACGUUUUACAAAGAUGGGCAAUGUCUAGGAGUAGCCUUCAGAGGUCUCAACGAAAUCAAAGAGCCACUAUUUCCAAUGAUCAGCUCCACAGCCGCCAAAACCCAAAUGGUACUAGAAAAUAUGAGAAGAGACUUUGUGAAUCUUCAAGACAGAUGUAGAGCAGUCAUAGUUAAAACGUUAAGGUGCAAACAGGACGUUAAAGAGCUUUUUCUGCCUCCCAGGAUACAAGCAUUCAUUUCAGAAGUUAUUGAAGAUAAUUUGGAACAAUCGGAAGAUGUCACAAAGGAUUCAGGCUUUCUGGAACCAAACUUUUCGGUCCCAGUACCGUUUAUAUCAGAACGAGUAUAGCCACGUUCUGAGUUUUAACACAAAAGCCCUAUGCAGGGAUUUUAGAAAAAAAUGUUUUUUUUUGGGGGUGUUACUACCCCGAAGGAUCGUUGAUGUUUUUGGCAUUUUUCAGUGGAACGCAUUUAUGGAAGUCUAAAGAGAGGGAGGAGUCAGUGCGCAUGGCUAGUUGUACCCAAUAUGAACUAUGGUUGACCUUAGGAUUCCAUAUAAAAGUUUUCACUGAGGGAUGCUUAAUCUGAAAUAACAAAUUUGCUUUAGGAAGGUAAUGUUAAAAGUGAAAAACCUUUUUUGGCCUUGGAGCAACACUAAAUGAAUAAAUUUCAAUCUUAUAACUCUUAAAACUUUUAUAUUUAAAUAAGAUAUACAGGAUUUUUUUAAAUAAUCUUAAUGUAAUGUUAAACGUCGGUAAAAGAUAAAAAUAUACACUUUUUUAAUGUAUAAAUAUAUACGUAAUGAAUUGUAAUUUACCUAUAAGUACCUACUAAUAUACAGUCUAGUCAACGGUGCGAUGUAACCCAAAAUAAUACUAAUUAUAAGUAUAGUUAAUGCUUAAUACAAGUUUUAAUACAUUUUUAUAAUUUCUUGUGCGUAAUCUAAUAUGUUGUAUGUUAAUUUUUUUUGUACUGCCUUAAGUUUCUAAGAUAAAUCUCAUCCUCUUUGGACAGAAUGCACUGAAAUUUAACUGUUAGGCCAAUGACAUUCGUGCAAGAUUAACUUCUUAAGGGAAGAAUUUUUAUUUCUUAAGUUCAGAUUUUGAAAACUUAUUUUUGUGUAAAUAUAUUUAUAUUAAAUCAAUAAAUUUUAAUAUUGUGUA